CGUUGCUACUGUCAAAUCAUGGCUUCUCUUGAUAGAGUUAAAGUGCUAGUUUUAGGUGAUUCCGGUGUAGGAAAGUCCUCCUUAGUACAUCUUUUGUGCCAGAACCAGGUUUUAGGGAAUCCAUCCUGGACUGUUGGAUGCUCAGUAGAUGUACGGGUUCAAGACUACAAAGAGGGAACCCCAGACGAAAAAACAUUCUACAUUGAAUUAUGGGAUGUCGGGGGCUCGGUCGGCAGUGCCAGCAGUAUAAAAAGCACCAGAGCCGUCUUUUAUAAUUCAGUCAACGGAAUUAUUUUAGUCCACGAUCUGACAAAUAAGAAAUCAUCUCAGAAUCUUUAUCGCUGGUCACUGGAAGCGCUAAACAAGGAUUCGUCACCAACGGGCGUCAUUGUCUCCAAUGGUGACUAUGAUCGUGAGCAGUUUGCAGAGAAUCCGGUGCCGUUGCUUCUCAUUGGCACCAAGUUUGACCAGAUCUCCGAAACCAAACGGAGUGAAGUUCUCACACGGACGGCUUUCUUGUCUGAAGACUUCAACGCGGAGGAGAUCAAUCUUGACUGUACCAAUCUGAGAUAUUUGGCUGCAGGCACAUCCAAUGCAGUGAAGCUCAGCAGAUUCUUUGACAAGGUGAUUGAAAAAAGAUAUUUCACAAGAGAUCCAAGUCAGAUGACAGGCUUCACGGACCGAAAGCGAUUCAACUUUAAGACUUUGCACUAUGACUGA